UCAAGUAAGCAGGGUGGGGCUAGGUGCGCGUGCGCGGUUUUAAUACUCCGCCCCAAACUGCCAACUCUUCGCGCUAGCGGGGUAGACGCGCCUUGCCUGGGUUUACGCGUGCGCACUUGCGGGCCUGGCCCCGGAAGAGCAGACGCCUGCGCAGUGGGGACUACGGUGACAGCCCCCCGGGUGGGGCGCCGGUCAGUCAUGGCGGAGCCCUGGUCUGGGCAGUCUUUGCAGGCUCUGCCGGCCACGGUGCUGGGCGCGCUGGGCGCCCUCGGCAGCGAGUUCCUACGGGAAUGGGAGGCGCAGGACAUGCGCGUGACCCUCUUCAAGCUGCUGCUGCUUUGGUUGGUGUUAAGUCUCCUGAGCAUCCAGCUGGCGUGGGGGUUCUACGGGAGUACGGUGACCGGGCUGUAUCACCGCCCAGGUCUGGGCGGCCAGAACGGAUCCACACCUGAUGGCUCCACGCAUUUCCCUUCCUGGGAAACAGCAGCAAAUGAACCUGUCAAAACCCACAGAGAAUAAGGGAAGGCAGCAGAGGGGUCUCCAGGGACAUCACCGGGUCUGCUGGCUACCACACUGGGUUCUGCUGCUGUCCAGACUCCAGGGACGACUGCAGCGGGGGUAGGGGUUGGGGGCAGGGAGUACCCCAGUGCUUGCAGGGCUGGGCCUCCACUGCCCUUGGCCUUGCCUCCAGCAUCCCCAGGCAUUGGGCCAGUAAAGAGUUUGCCUCUACCCUGAUCAGGGUGCCUUAAGGAGAGAAGGCCUGCUCCUCCUUUCAGGGGUCAGCUCAGGAGCCUCUGAGUUGGGGAAGCCAACAGUCCAUUUUCUGUCUUGGCUUUUUUCUGUUCUUCUUCCCAUCCCCCUGGGAUGUGACCCUGUAGAGAUCUGUCCCUGAGAGGAAGCCCGAGGUUGACCAGCUGAGAUUUGUAAGGCAGGUCUGUUUUCCCCUAAGCCUCAGGUUUCCUGUAUUUCUUUGGUUUUGCUUUGUUGGCAGGGAGCCAGGGAAUCCUGACCUGGACACAGCCUUAUAUUUUAUGGUUACUUAGCUGGCCAUUCAAGUAGAAGAUGGGGGCAGCUGGCACCUCCAGACAUGGAGGCACCAAACACCCACCUCCUUUGGUUCAUCCUGAGCUCUCCAGGUGUGAGUCAGGCUAUGUAAGUUGUCUUUUCCCAAGCAUUGUACUCAUAUUCCUCUUAAUCCCUCCCAGAAGGAAGCUGGGUACCUAAAAGUGGCUGAGUCCUGGGGGUGAUCUCCCACCCCCCACUGCUUAAGUGCCCAUGGGGUUGUGGAUCUGUACUCCACCCCUCACAAGGACAUACUAACCAGCCAGUGCAGAGUGGCCCCAUUGUGCCCUGCAGCCUCACCACUUCCCAUGUUGACCUGGAACCAGAGGAGCUUCGUCCUAAGAGCCCACAGGCUAGGCAGGCCUGCCACUUCCACAGUGAGCCAACGGAGCUUCCACAGGUGUAAGUGGCAAACACCAGGUCCUGAAAGCAGUGUGGCCCUAGACCUGCCUCCUUCCCUGAUGGUCAUACUUCCGCCUGCUUCUGCUGAGCCAGCAGCUACCUCAGUGUCCCACUGCCUGCUUCCUCUCUGUUAAAUGUCACAUUUCCCAUCUGGCAGCCUUUGCCUAGGCCGUCUUUGCAGAGUGCACUGGAGUAGGACUAUGCUGAGCUCAUGCACGAGUCCUCUGGAGUAUCUUCUGGCUGGUGGGAUGAUGGUUCUGCAGCCCCAGGCCUACCCACUGACAAUAAACACCACACUCAGAAUUGGUCUCACAUUUCACCCCAGGCUCAACUGAGGAUGUGGCUUAUUAAACAUGGA